AGACUGGAGAGGAUGGCUAAGGUGGCGGCGAAGGCUGAGUCGGACUUCCGUAAUAAUCUGAAGAGAGUCCAGUCGCAGAAGUUCACGAUGCAGGAUGAUGAGAAACAACUUACAACUAAAACCCAACCGGAAUGGGCAACUAAGAAGGCAGAGGCGCGACCGGAUUGGGCGCUCGGAAAGAAAGGCCACGAAAAGCCUGAAACUGAAACCGAAGAGAUUGAGAUCGAAGACUAGAUUCCGAUUGGCUAUCAAUAUAUCAAAUCGUUGUCUCGAUUAUUACAAAUGAAUGCAAUUUUAUUUUGUGUUUAAACUAUUAUGAAUUUUUUGCCAGUAUAUAAGUUGUGAACAAAUACCUACUUUUGUGUCAUUUAAAUAUUUAAACCUAAAAAUGUUAUUUAAUUUGCAUUAAAUAUUAAAUAAAUAUGAAUUUUACAAAAA